AUGUACACACACGUUGCGGUCCAUCGAUCACACAUUAUGGCGGACGAAAGCCAACCGACGAACGGAACCGAUGUGGUGGACAAUGUAAGUGUCGAGGUAGCGGAACUGGCCCUAGAACAGAAGGAGGAACCGGCCACACCGAAAACACCGGAACCGAGUAGUGCCGCUGCCAAUGGCACACCGCCCAAGCCCGUGUCCUGUGCCGCGUUCAAGGAGCAGUUUAAAGCAUUCUCAAAGUUCGGAGACACCAAGUCCGACGGCAAGCAUUUGACGCUUUCGCAGAGUGAUAAAUGGAUGAAACAAGCCAAGGUUAUCGACAAAAAGAUAACGACCACCGAUACCGGCAUCCACUUCAAGAAGCUGAAAUCGAUGAAGCUAACCAUCGAUGACUACAACAAAUUUCUGGACGAUCUGGCAAAGACCAAAAAGGUGGAACUGGAGGAAAUCAAGAGCAAAAUGGCAAACUGUGGUGCUCCGGGGGUCCACAAUGCAACGCCGGGAAAGGCGGCCGACACUGUGGCCCGCCUUACGGACGUUUCCAAGUACACCGGUUCGCACAAGCAACGGUUUGACGAGACCGGGAAAGGGAAGGGUAUCGCCGGCCGAAAGGACAUGGUCGACAAAUCCGGCUACGUGUCUGGUUAUGGGCACAAGAACACCUACGAUAAAACUCAUUAAAGGUAGUGGAACCCGAGAGACCCAUAUAUUAGCAGCAUAAGAGUUUUCCCGGUGCGCAGCAAAGCGGGCAAAGCCUGAAUCGCGUAGCAUAAACCGUUUCUAUCAGUUCACGUACACACCACAUCAUCAUCCAGUGAGCCAUGGAUUGUUGCUUGAAAUGGCGCCUUUAUCGUAAUUGAAGUGCAAAUCCUACGGAGAAGAAAAAUCAAAAUCUACAAAGCCCCCGGCGCACAGAUUUCGCAAUCCGUUACCGUUAAAUGUCGUUAAUGUUUUUUGUUUACAUGCUUAAUUGAUUUAAACCGUUCUUUCGCUGUUUUGCUUGUGUGCAGAGUAAGGUUUAUCUAGUCCUUAACGUAUUCUUUAUUAGCAUAAACGCCGCUGUGGGCAGUAGAAAGGUUGAAGCGGCUACGUUUCAUUGUCCGUUGAAUUGUGGCCUGAACACAGCGUGUUUCUGAGUGGGCCACAUUUCUUGUUUUCAUUUCCUGACCCCCAGAAUAUGAUUCUCGAAAACCUCCAUCUAAAAUUUAGUUUUCCUUUCCGUUAGAACAUCGUAAGUAGCAGUGUGAGCGAUAAUUUAAGAAGUACUCUACAAAACGUAACUACCAAGCGGCGAUUUUAGACCGUAAUUGUGUCAUGUAACUUCCAAAAACUAUAUUGAACAUUUAAAUAAAGACAUAAACGAA